AUGGAAAAUCAAAACAAUGUCACAGAAUUUGUAUUUAUGAGGCUGUGGGGAAACAAACAAACAGAGCUACUGUUCCUUUUCUUGUUCCUGCUCUGUUACCUGACAGUCUUAAUGGGAAACUGUGUCGUCUUACUCACAAUCACCUGCAGCCAUCUGCUCCAACAACCAAUGUACUACUUUCUCGGCCACCUUUCCCUCAUGGACCUCUUCUAUACCUCCAGCGUGGUCCCCAGGCUAAUGAGGGACUUAGCUGCAGCAAGAAAAAACAUUUCCUAUAACAACUGCAUGACCCAGCUCUUCACUGCCCACUUGAUGGCAGGUGUGGAGAUACUCAUCUUGGUGUCCAUGGCUUUUGACCGCUAUGUUGCCAUCGUCAAGCCCCUGCACUACCUGGUCAUCAUGAACCGGCAGAGGUGCACCAUGCUGGUCAUCAUGGCCUGGGUUGUGGGUUUUGGACACUCUAUUGCUCUCCUGCUGGUGAUGCUCAGUUUACUGUUCUGUGGUCCCAAUCAGAUAGAUCACUACCUGUGUGAUGUGAAGCCACUUUUGAAACUAGUAUGCAGCGAUAUUCAUCUUGUUAAUAUCUUAAUGAUUGCAAAUUCAGGGGUGGUGGUGAUUGUCGUUUUUCUUGUCCUAGUAAUUUCUUAUAUAAUCAUAUUAUAUAGUCUUAGAACACACUCCUCUGUGGGGCGACGGAAAGCUCUCUCCACCUGCAGUUCUCACAUAAUGGUUGUAGUUUUAUUCUUUGUUCCUUGUAUCUACAUUUAUGUUUUACCUGCUGGGAAUGAAAACAAGGAUAAGGAAAUCUCUGUGUCUUAUACCAUGAUUGCCCCCAUGCUGAAUCCUCUCAUCUAUACUCUGAGAAAUGAGGAGAUGAAAAUUGCCAUGAGGAAGGUAUGGUUUAAAAUAGCACACUUAGAAUUAACGCAAAUGAGAUGA